AUGUUUGCUAAACCGAAAAGUCUCGAGUUCGAACACCCGAGCAGACGAGGCUCAAAAGCUGGAUACAACAACCAUUCUAGGAGAAACAUCUCCAAAACCAAACAACUUCUGUCUUGUAGUUUGUUCUUGGAUGGAAAAAGAGAAAUUUGUAUUGAUGGAGAGUAUGAUCGAAACCGAUCAUUUGAUGGUGAUCGAGUAAUUGUACAAUUGUAUAAUUAUGAAAAAUGGAGGGUGUUUUAUGAAGAUUUUCAGAACUAUGAGCGCAGUUUGGUUGAGGAGCAUAAUUUAGUGACCGAUGAAAUUGAUGACUAUUCUGGAGCAGAUGCUAUUGUGAAGAGUGGUGGGGAUGAGGGGACCACAUUGGCAAUGGCCAAUGUAGACACAUUAGGCCCUCAAGGGGUGAUUGAAAAAUUUCAAGAUAAAUCACCACAGUACAGUAACAAGAACAAAGCUCAGACCAUACCCAGCCAAGGCAGCAGCAAAGGAAAGCCAAUGAAGAAGAUCUCCUCUGUGUCUGAUACGAUAACCAACGGGAGUCCACUGGCAAAACAAUUAUUUAGGAUUAAUCCCUACAGUAGCGAGGCACCUGAUUCUCAAUUGUGUCUACGUUUCAUUCAGCGGACUGGAAAGGUGGUGUUUAUCAAGGAGAAGAAGCACUCAAGGACCGCCACUGGACGCCUGACUUUGAUGCUAAACAAGCUCAAAAAAUUCGCCUUGUUCACACCUACAGACAUUAGAAUACCCAGGAUUCUUAUUCCAAUAACACUGGUCAGGAGUCUGGGAGAGGCUGGGGAGAUUGAUCCUGAAACCAGCGCCUUGUUGAUAGAACUAGACAUCGAUGACUCUCCUUUCAGCGACAAGGUAAUUCAGUGUCUACCUACCAAUAGCACAUGGACCAUCCCUGAUUUAGAAUAUUCCUAUCGUAAGGAUCUCCGCAGAUCUUGUAUCUUUACCAUAGACCCAGCUACUGCUCGAGACUUAGAUGAUGCGCUCUCCAUUGAAGAACUGGGUGGUGGAAAGUUCCAAGUUGGAGUACACAUUGCUGAUGUUAGCUAUUUUGUGAAAGAGGACACAGAGCUAGACAUGGUGGCAUCACGUAGGGCAACUAGUGUUUAUCUAGUGCAAAAGGUCGUUCCUAUGCUUCCUCGUCUAUUGUGUGAGCAACUAUGCAGCCUCAACCCUGAUGAAGAAAGACUUACAUUUUCUGUGAUCUGGACCCUCAAUGAGAAAGGGGAAAUUUUUGAUGAAUGGUAUGGGCGAUCUGUUAUAAGGUCCUGUGUGAAACUAAGCUAUGAGCAUGCCCAGGGCUUUAUUGAAGAUCCAGAAAUACAAUGGCGCCAUGACGAGUUACCUACCAUCACCAACUCAUUUACAGCUAGUGAUAUAGUCACCAAAGUUAUUUUGUUAAAUAAAAUAGCGGUAAAUUUGAGGCAGAAACGAUUUGACAAAGGGGCACUGGAACUGGAUCAGGUCAAAGUACAAUUCGCCCUAAAUAAGAUAUCGGGUUUACCGAAUGGCUAUUCUGUGUAUGAGCAGAAGGACAGUCAUCGGUUGAUAGAAGAGUUCAUGCUGCUUGCUAACAUGUCUGUCGCAGAUAGGAUUAAAAAAAGCUUCCAGGACACUGCCAUCCUCAGACGUCAACCUCCACCUCAAGUCAAAUCUUUGGAUGAAAUAAAAAAAGUGUGUGAAAGUUUCGGAUUAAGGAUAGAAACAGCUACAUCGGGGGAUAUACAAAAGUCAUUACAGCACCUCAAAGAAGACGGUGUACCUCACCCCAUGAUGCAAGUACUAGCUGUGAUGCUAUCAAAAUCCAUGCAGAAAGCAGAUUACUUCUGUUGUAGUGCAAUCCCAGAAUCCAGCCUCCAGCACCACUACUCACUAAAUGUUGAAAGAUUUACUCACUUCACGUCCCCAAUACGCCGGUACCCAGACAUCCUGGUGCACAGACUCCUGGCAGCAGCCUUGGGUCGUGAACCACCAACGCGUUCUAUCCAAGAUUUACGAAGGCAGGCAGAACACUGCAAUGUAAAGAGUCACGCAGCUCAGGUAGCAUCAAAAAGGAGCGACGAAAUAUUCUCCUACCUGUUUAUCAAAGCUGGACCACUGGAAGAGAGUGGAAUGGUUAUGGCAGUUUUAGACAAAUCAUUUGAUGUUCUUGUAUUGAAACUGGGCGUGGUCAAGAGGGUUUACUUGGAGAGGCUGCCUCUGGCGUCUUCUCAGUACCACAAAAACUCCAAAUGUCCUGAGCUUCUGCUAGAAUGGAAGCCAGACGAAUCAUGUCAUCGCUCAACUAGACAUAAGAUCACUCUAUUCUCCAUUGUUGAGUGCUGCCUCGCAAGUGAUAAGGAGCCCCUCAAGUGGUCGUGUAUUAUCAAGAGACCAAAAGAUGAGAUCACUUACAUGGAUGCUGGCCAUGAUUGAAAGAUUGAAAGUCUUCACAAACAUUUUGGGUGCUUGCCUC